GUGAGCGCCGCGAGGUCACGUGUUUGCGAGCGGGAGGGAGGCGCCGGGGCAAGAUGGCGGCGUGCGGCGGGGCGAUGUGCUGCUGCUGCCCGCAGUGCUGCGGGGAGAGGGAGAGCCGCACACCGGAGGAGCUGACGAUCCUGGGAGAAACUCAUGAAGAGGAAGAUGAGAUCCUUCCACGCAAAGACUAUGAGAGUUUGGAUUACGAUCGCUGUAUCAAUGACCCAUACUUGGAAGUUUUGGAGAGCAUGGACAACAAGAAAGCCCGAAACUAUGAAGCAGUGAAAUGGGUGAUGGUUUUUGCCAUUGGAGUCUGCACAGGACUGGUGGGCCUCUUUGUGGAUUUCUUUGUACGGCUCUUUACCCAGCUCAAGUUCCGGGUCGUACAAAGCUCGGUAGAAGAAUGCACUGAGAAAGGCUGUCUUGCCUUGUCUUUACUGGAGCUGCUGGGGUUCAACCUGACCUUUGUUUUUCUUGCAAGUCUUCUAGUCCUGAUCCAGCCUGUGGCAGCUGGGUCAGGAAUUCCUGAAAUUAAGUGCUACCUCAAUGGAGUAAAAGUUCCAGGGGUUGUGCGGCUCCGGACGGUGGUGUGCAAAGCUAUGGGAGUGCUCUUCAGCGUAGCAGGAGGUCUUUUUGUUGGGAAGGAAGGUCCAAUGAUCCACAGUGGUGCUGUCGUGGGUGCGGGUUUACCACAGUUCCAGAGCAUCUCGCUGAGGAAGAUCCAGUUUAACUUCCCAUAUUUCCGCAGUGACAGGGAUAAAAGGGACUUUGUAUCUGCUGGAGCAGCUGCAGGGGUUGCAGCUGCCUUUGGAGCCCCAAUUGGGGGAACUCUUUUCAGCCUGGAAGAAGGUUCCUCCUUCUGGAACCAAGGGCUUACAUGGAAAGUGCUGUUCUGUUCCAUGGCUGCCACCUUCACCCUGAAUUUUUUCCGCUCUGGGAUUCAGUUUGGAAGUUGGGGGUCUUUCCAGCUCCCUGGUCUGCUGAACUUUGGAGAGUUUAAGUGUUCCGAGUCUGAUAAGAAGUGCCACCUCUGGACAGCUGUGGACUUGGGCUUCUUCAUUCUGAUGGGGAUUGUAGGAGGUCUUCUUGGAGCCACCUUCAACUGUCUGAACAAGAGGCUCGCAAAGUACCGCAUGCGGAACGUGCAUCCCAAACCAAAGCUUGUCAGAGUCCUGGAGAGCCUGCUUGUGUCUCUGACUACAACCGUCGUGGUCUUUGUGGCCUCCAUGGUUUUGGGGGAGUGCCGGCAGAUGUCUUCCACCAGUCACACUGGCAAUGACACCUUGAGUAUGCAGGGCAUGUCUGAGGAUGUGAAUUCAAGCAUCAAAACAUUUUUCUGCCCGAAUGAAACCUAUAACGACAUGGCCACCCUCUUCUUCAACCCUCAGGAGUCUGCUAUCCUCCAGCUCUUCCAUCAAGAUGGUACUUUCAGCCCAGUCACACUCUCCUUGUUCUUCCUUCUCUAUUUCUUACUCUCCUGCUGGACAUAUGGGAUCUCUGUGCCCAGUGGUCUUUUUGUACCAUCACUGCUUUGUGGGGCUGCCUUCGGACGCCUGGUCGCCAACCUCCUCAAAAGUUAUAUUGGCUUGGAUCACAUCUACUCAGGAACCUUUGCACUGAUUGGGGCAGCGGCAUUCCUGGGAGGAGUGGUCCGGAUGACAAUUAGUCUAACUGUAAUCCUAAUUGAAUCCACCAAUGAAAUCACCUACGGGCUCCCAAUAAUGAUCACCCUCAUGGUAGCCAAAUGGACAGGAGACUUUUUCAACAAGGGAAUCUAUGACAUCCAUGUGAACUUGAGAGGAGUGCCUCUUCUGGAGUGGGAAACAGAGGUGGAAAUGGAUAAGCUACGAGCCAGCGACAUCAUGGAGCCCAACCUGACCUAUGUCUACCCCCACACCCGCAUCCAGUCCCUCGUUAGCAUCUUGCGCACAACUGUUCAUCACGCCUUCCCUGUUGUGACCGAGAACCGGGGCAAUGAGAGGGAGUUCAUGAAGGGAAACCAGCUGAUCAGCAACAACAUCAAAUUCAAGAAAUCCAGCAUUCUCACCCGAGCUGGAGAGCAGCGCAAACGGAGCCAGUCCAUGAAAUCUUACCCUUCGAGUGAGCUGCGCAACAUGUGUGAUGAGCACAUAACAACAGAGGAGCCACCAGAAAAGGAGGAUUUGCUGCAACAAAUGCUAGAGAGAAGAUACACUCCUUACCCCAACCUGUAUCCUGACCAGUCUCCCAGUGAAGAGUGGACCAUGGAGGAACGUUUCAGACCUCUCACCUUCCAUGGCUUGAUCUUGCGCUCACAGCUGGUCACCCUCCUUGUCAGGGGUGUUUGUUACUCCGAGAGCCAGUCAAGUGCGAGUCAGCCUCGUCUGUCUCAUGCAGAAAUGUCAGAGGAUUAUCCCCGCUAUCCAGAUAUCCAUGACCUGGACCUCACGUUGCUGAACCCUCGCAUGAUAGUGGAUGUCACCCCAUACAUGAACCCGUCACCUUUUGCUGUUUCUCCAAACACUCACGUAUCUCAAGUGUUUAACUUGUUUAGGACAAUGGGACUCAGGCAUUUACCAGUUGUGAACGCAGUUGGAGAGAUUGUUGGGAUAAUCACUCGGCACAACCUGACCCACGAAUUCCUGCAGGCGAGGCUGAGACAACACUAUCAGACCAUUUGAUGCCCCUGCCCCACUGCUGGUGUGGCUGCCUCCCUCUUCCAAGCCUGCACACGCGCUCGCAUUCUGCUUGGACCCCACAAGGCCCAAGACUUUGCCGUUUGGCUUCUCACACGCAUAUCAAGCCUGGGGAGCUGGAAAACAUCUUGCUAGCCAGAGAAUUAGAGGAACUGCUUGAGCCCAGAGCUACUGACUGGUCUCAGGCACUUGGUUUGACCACUCUUCAUCCCAGCCCUUCAUCUGGUGUUGUCCCAACGGUACAUUCUGCUGUUAUGGUUUGUUUAUUUUUGAGGCUUGGAUGAAAGAACCAUCUAGAACCACUGUACCCUGUGCAGAGAACUGCAGCAUCUUUUCCCUGUCCUCCUGUGCAUCUCCCUUCUCCUCAUCCUCCCUUUUUCCUGCAACUUUUGCCUUACUUGUGUGAGAGGGGAAUAGCUGUCAAGGCUGAGAGGAGAUAAUGGAGUUACCAAAUUGCUGCUUUGGAGGAUGGCUUUUCUCAAAAGCAGCAUCAAAAGCCAACUCUGGAAAUGCACAUCGCUUUGUGGAUGCUCUUAAUUUCUCAUAUUUUUCCACCCUUACUUCCAUUUUUUUCCUGCUCUAUCCAUGGGAGAGUAAUGUUCUUUCUGUAACGUUUUUUGACAGCAGCUGACUUUUCAGAGCAUUUUGGAGUUCAAAACAGUUUAAUUCCAGUUACUGCCUGGACUUUAAAUACUCAAUACACUUACAGAGCAUCUCAGAGAAGGGAGAUCUCUUUUUCCCUGUUAGCUGUUGCUACCAUUAUCUCCCUGCAAGAGAUUCUCCUAAGGUACGCUGUGCCACUCAACUUGGUCACCACCUGACACUCCUGUAUUUAUAGUUUCUGUGUCCUUGUAAUGACCCAGCAGGGAGAACCUGGGACACCUUUCCAGCUACAGCUAUAGAACCGGGGACCCCAGUUCCUCACAGUACAAAGAAGUUUGCUUUCUAGAGGCAGUUAUUACUGAUGUUUGAAUGAUCUCUGUUGUGAGAGGAGCUGGUGUGAGUUGAGGCAGGAGGGAUACUUGGUGCUGGUGACUGGCAGUUAGGACUGUACAGCAGGUUGAUAAGUGAGCCUGUCUGGCUCUUAAAAUGAUGGAAAUAACGUCUGCAACUGUAGCAACCAAAUGUCUUUAAGGGUAAAAACAGCAUUUAAAAGCCAGUUGCAACCAGUUCACUGCUUUAGCAGGUACCAUCCUGGCCAGCACCUGUAUUGUUCCAGCAGGCACCUGCCUUUGUGAGUUUUGCAUACAGAUAAAUGUGGGUGGGAAGCCAACAUUGUGCCUCCAGGGGAUGCAGUGUUGAUUGGCUUGAUAAAGCACAGAGCAUUCUCUCAGCCAAGAGACUGGGCUAAGUAACACAGGGAAUGUAUCCCAGGAAAGCUUCUGCACAGUCUCUGAGCACUCCUUUUAACCUGUUGUCUGCCAUAAGGAGCUGGUGAGAUGAGAGAUGCACCAGAAGGAAAUUGACCAUUAUUGUAUGUUCUGAAAUAAGGAACUUAUGUAUGUCUAAGCACUACAUCUGUUAGAGCAGCCCCUUUGGACUCUGUGGAAGCUAAUUGCUGCUGCAGUUGGGCCAGGUGGUUUUGUGUUCAGGGCUCCAGCUUCUUGUAGUCUUCACAUACGGCUCUUCAAGUCACAGGAGCUCCUUAGAUGAUCAUGUUGUCUUUGCACUCUGGAUAGCUGAGGGACAGAUGCAUUCUCUGGCUGUUCUUGCAAAAAAGAUGGCCAAGUCAUGGGAUGCACUUGAUUUUCAUCCUGCAGAUGAGAGAUGGGUCUUGAUAUAAAACGUUAAGGGAGAAUUGGCACUUGUCACACAGAGCAUAGCACAGCUCUGCUGGGAAGGUUUUUAUCAAAGCCGUUCAUAAGCACUUAGAUUUAUUUUAACUUUUAUAUUUUAAUUCCCAAGACCAUUUGUUAGCCAUGGCCGCUUUCCAGGGUUGAUUAAAAAGGCACCCACACUAAAUAGCAGAAACUGAUUCAUUCUUUUUCUUAACUGUGGAGCUUGUAGCAACAGCUCUUGUCUCCUCCAUUGAAAGCAGUUCUGCUGGCUUCUGAAUACAUUGGCUCCAUUUCAGGUAAGGCAAGCAAGCUCUUAAACUCCCUAGGUUGAAGAAAGGUGUUUUCCUACAGCCAGUACCCAUCUUGUGCCUUCAAUCUCAACUCCUUAGCUGGGACAGAUGUAGCACUGUUCUUAGAGCAUACGAGCUGGUGUUGGCUUCUGCUGUUGAUUUCCAAGUUGUUUCCCAGUGUGUCAGAGUGAGAUUGUUUUCUCUGGAUAAACUGCAGUUGGUCUUUUAAAAUGUGAGUGUUCCCUGCAAACUGGUCUUGCAUAAAGCUGCCCUGAGGAACUUCCAGCACUCCCUGAAGCUGAGUUGUUUAAAACGUGCUUCUCCUAACAUACCUUCCAUUCACAGCACUUGUGCUUGAGCUGUUACAAUCCCAUACUGUCAAGAGAACCUCUCAAGGAGUGCCCUGUGUCUCUCCAUGGCAAAUCCUUUAGUUCUUGCUCAUGUUGAGUGAUUGUGUUUCUUUCAUUCCCUGCACUUGAAGUCCUUAAGUUGCCAUGAGCCGGUUCCCUCCUGGUUUAUUUCUCUACACAAACUGCAGCAGCUGAUGUUGUUGCAGGGAUGUCCUCCCCUCGAGGCCUGGAUUUAGGCAAGACAGGCUGAAAAAUCUUGCCAAAGUUUGAGCACCAGCUCUGCAUCCCCAUUAGAAAGCCUUCAAUCAGCUGGCAGCACUGUCUGGCCUAAAUGAACCACCUUUGUUCUCACACAUUGCUGCUCACUUUAUUCCUUUCUAACAACACCCUCCCUGCUUUUCUUCUGGUCACUUAGUUGGUUUACCAAGGAAUUUACUUUUAGCAUAGGUGCCUGUAACCUGUAACUCAAAGUGACACUAAAGGAGUAGGAACCAAGAACUGGAUUAGUAUUUAUGGCAGAAUUUAGGGGUAAUGUGGGGCACCUGCCUCAUGGUUUCCUGUGCAGUGUUAAUUAACUGUGAGCCAUUCCAAUGGUAGCGACUUACCUUUCCAUUUGUUUCUUUUUGCACUGGUUUUUGUUAUGAAACGAUGUAAGCUAAUCCCAUGGUGUGUAUAUAAAAUGUAUUAUUAUUAUUUUUUAACUUUGUAUGAACUCAUUUUUAUUUGAACGAUGGCACUUGGGGAGUAUUUGUGUAACCGUGUGUCAUGAAACCAUGACAACCAUAACGUGUCUCAGAGUAAAAUGUUUGUGUGUCUCCUUCAGCACUUCAAGGCCUUUUGAUGUUUCUAGUGGUGUCUUAUUUUUGCCCUUUGUUGUAAUAAAAUACUGAUAGAACGUGGAAAUACCCACGGACACAAUUGGA